CCACCAAAGUUUAAAUGAUUCUUCUGCAGUCUCUAUAAAACCGGAAAAAGCAGAAGCUUUAGUAAGAACUUAUUGUGCACGUUGUCAGUGAGUGUAAUGUAAAUUAUCUCUCAUUCUUAUGCAAAGUAAGAAGAUUUAGAAAGAAUUAAUCUAAAUCAAGAUAAUCCACAAAAAUGCUGACAUUAGCAACAAAACUCCUCCUUUUGGGGGUAGUUAGUACCGUCCUCUCCUCCCCCUUCAAACUAACCGAACAAUACAUUGAAGAAUUCAAAACCGGCAUCGAAUCCCUGAAAAAGCUCGCCCACGAGCACAAAUUCGCCGAAAAAAACUUUGAUUUCAAUCUCCACAAUGGCUCAGAACCAGUCCCAGACGACAUCGAGUACGACUUUAUCAUAAUCGGCGCUGGUGCCUCCGGUUCGGUUAUCGCAAACCGAUUAACCGAACGUCCCGAAUGGAAAGUCCUCCUCUUGGAGGCUGGAGGACCCGAAACCCCCUACACCCGCAUCCCCCGCCUAGGCCACCUCCUCCAAAACAGCGACUACAACUGGGCCUACACCACCACCCCUCAGAAAAACUGGUGCAAGGGUAUGAUCGAUGGUAGCUGCGCCAUAGCUGGGGGCAAGGCCCUUGGGGGUGGUACCGCCAUCAAUGGGAUGAUGUUUACAAGGGGGCACCCCAAGGACUACGACAAAUGGGCCGAUUUGGGCAACCCUGGGUGGUGCUACAACGACGUACUACCAUAUUUCAAGAAACUGGAAGACGCGGAUUUGAAGGAGUUUGACCACAAGUACCAUAAUCGUGGAGGACCGUUCCAUAUCGAGCACCCACAACACCAGACACACUUGACCCAUGAUGUGCUACAAGCGGGCAAAGAGCUAGGACUUGAGACCAUUGAUUACAAUGGGAAGGAACAGAUGGGACUUGGGGUACUACAAAUGAACUCCAAACAUGGCGUUCGGCAAAGUACCGCCACAGCCUACUUGGAACCAGCCGAGAAGAGACAAAACUUAUUUGUCAAGCCUUUGAGUCAUGUGACCAAAAUUUUGAUAGCCCCCCAUACAAAGGAAGCAACCGGGGUUGAGUACCUCCACAAUGACAAACUCCACAUUGCCAAAGCCACCAAAGAAAUUAUUCUAUCAGCUGGUGCCCUCAACACCCCCCAAAUCCUCAUGUUAUCAGGAAUAGGCCCAAAAGAACAAUUAGAAAAGUUUGAAAUCCCAGUAGUUCACGAACUACCAGUCGGCAAGCACCUCAAAGACCACAUAGGUUUCUAUGGCCUGGACUUGCUCUACAAUGGUACCGAAUCAACUCCAGACCCCCACUAUGACGAAGUCAUCGACUAUUUGAAAAACGGCAAAGGCCCAUUGACCACAACCGGCUGCGAAGUCGUAGGCUACCUCCAAACCGAAGCUUCCAAAGACCAAAUCAAGUACCCCGACAUCGAACUAUUCUUCUCCUCCCGCAAAGUCAACGCCAAACCCUCCACAAACCCCUUCCGCCUCAAACCCGAAAUCCUCGACUCCCUCUACAAACCCAUCGAUGGUAAAAAAAUCGUCAACAUCGGCGUCAUGCUAACCCACCCCAAAUCCACCGGUACUGUCACCCUCAAAGACAAAGACCCCCUCCACCACCCCCUAGUCGACCCCAACCAGCUCUCCGACCCCGAAGACCACGACCUCAACACCCUCCUGCACGGCAUUCGCAAAGCUCUGGCUUUUGCAGGUACUGAAACGUUCAAAAAGUUGCAUUUGGAGGUGAAUGAACAUCCAGUGGCGGGCUGUGAGGAGCAUAAAUGGGGGACGGACGAGUACUGGAAGUGCGCAAUCAAGCAUUUGAGUAUCAGUUUGAGGCAUGUGAGUGGUACCGCCAAGAUGGGGCCAGGCAAUGAUAAGGAGGCGGUGGUUGACCACGAAUUGAGGGUGCACGGGGUGCAGAAAUUGAGGGUUGCGGAUGCGAGUGUCAUCCCUGUGAGUGUGACUGGACAUACCAUGGCCCCGGCCAUUAUGGUGGGGGAGAAGGCGGCGGAUUUAAUCAAAGAAAGUUGGAAAUAAUUUUUUGUGUAUUUAUUAAAAUUCGUAAUAAAAACUAGAUUAGUUAAA